CCGACGCGUGCGGACGUAUCGUGCUACAGGAUAUUGUAGCUGUGUAAGCUCUACACGCGGUAGUCGUGAGUGAUUGUGAUAUUAUAGUGGUGUUGUGACUGGAUCUGUACUGAACUGAUUGUAAGUGCACGGUUGCAUCCAGCGUUACAGGGCAACGUGAUUGAGGGUGCCUGUGCGGGGGACGUCGGUGUGAUGUUGGGGAAGCGGUAGCAGCAUGGCCGCGCUGCUCGGGCUGGCGGCGCUGCUGCUGACCGCCGCCUCGGCAAACAGCCAGGCGAUCCAGGACAGCCGCUGCUACCUGAUGAAUGGCGGCGCCGUCGAGAGCUUUUUCGUCAGCGAGGACACGCCCGUCGGCAGUGUUAUCGGCACUCUGAGCGUGAACGGUUCACCGGGCGAGGAUGGGGACAUCACGCUGCGGGUGCAGGAGCGCGGCGCGGCGGUGGACAUCGCGCCCGGGUCUAAGAACAUCACGUUGCGGCGCGCGCUCGACCGCGAGGAGCGCUCCGGGCCCGCCAGCGUCUACAUCAACGUGCGCUGCGAUAGGCGGCAUACUACUGACCCGAGCUUCGUGAUCCCAGUGUCGGUGCGCGUGUGGGACGUGAACGACAACGCGCCGGCGUGGGCGGGGGCGCCGUACCGCGCGCGCGUGUCGGAGCUGGCGGCGGUGGGCACGCGGGUGCUCAGCGCGCCCGCCACCGACCCCGACCAGCCCGGCCCGCACGCCACCGUGCGUUACAGCGUGCUGCCUGGACCGUACUCUGACCUCGUUGGUUUCGCGAGCGAGCUGGACAGCACGGUCGUGGUCCGGAAGCCACUGGACUUCGAGAAGGUCCGCAACUUCACGGUGACGCUGCGGGCGGCGGACGGCGGCGCGCCUCCGCGGGAGAACCUCACCACGCUGCGGGUUGACAUCAUGGACGCCGACGACCAGAACCCGCGCUUCUCGCACGAUCAUUACACCGCCGUGCUGCCGCCUGAUGCUGUUGAGGGCACAAUACUCGAGACAUCGCCCGGGCCGAUAUCAGCAGUCGACCAGGACCUUGGCAUCAACGCUCCCCUUUACUACGAGGCGCGGGUGGAGGGGGCGAGCGGUGAGGUGACGGGGGAGGGGGAACCCCUUCUUCGUAUGGACAGGGACACCGGCCGCGCUGCCGUCACACGACGACUGCUGACGCAGACGCUGCCGGUCACUGUUGUUAUUAAGGCGACGCAAGUGGACAACGCUGACCGGUACGCACUAGCGACGCUGACGGUGCGUCCCGCGCGGGGGGCGGGGCCUCCCCCUUCCCCUUCCCCGGCCGGCGUGCAGUUCAUGCGGCGGGCGUACUCCGCGCUCGUGCCUGAAGACACCAAGCCCGGCGCCGUGCUCACCAGCCUGCAGACCAGCCAGGCUGAGAAACCUCUACAGUUCUACGUGUCGGAGCGUAGUUUUCUGGAGAAGUUCGCUAUCAACAGCGCGGGGGAGGUGCUGCUGCGCCACCCGCUCGACUACGAGGCACGAGCCAACUACCAGUACCAAGUCAUGGUCACUGACGGACAAGGGAACGACACAGCGGCCAUUAACAUCACGGUGGGUGACGUGAACGAGUGGGAGCCGCGGUUCCGGCACGCGCACUAUGAGUUCGGCGUCACCCUGGGGGACGGGGAGGACGGGGGGGACGGACGGGGGGCGGGGGACAAGCGCGUGGGUCGGCUGCAGGCGCACGACGGGGACAGCGGCGACCGACUGACGAUACAGCUGUCUGGACCGGAUUCUAAAUACUUCUACGCGGACGAGGACGGCACCCUGUACUUGCGCGGGGAGAUGGCGGCGGCGGUCAACGCCACGGCGCUGCAUCUCGUCGCUACCGCUGUUGACUCUGGCUCACCACCGAGACAGUCUUCAGUGCCAGUUGUGGUGCGAGUGCGGGGCGGGGCAGGUGCGAGGGCAGAGACCGCGCGGGCGGGGGGCGCGGUGCUCGGCGGGUUCAGCGCAGCGCUGGCGUUGCUGGCAGUGGCGCUACUGGGGCUGCUGGUUUACUUGUGCAGACUGCGUCGUCGUCAAGCGCCGCUCAAGUCUCCCGCACCAGCAUCAGAGGGUGGGGAGAAGGCGGGGUCGCUGCUGUCCGUGUCCGCCGGCGCCAGCAGCAUCCUCGCCGCAUCCUGCUCCAGCCUCGACAGGGACCCACCCACCACAGUUUCUUCAUCAGCUAACAAGCCCCGGUCUAACGGCAAGUCGCGUGUGGCACCUGCAGCACCUGUAGCGGCGCUGAGCGACCACGUGAGCGGCGGCGGCGUGGCGGGGCGCAGCGGCGUGGCGUGGCCGAGCGCGACCAUCCCCGCGCGCGUCAAGAAGCUGAGCUGGGACGACGCGCCCUCCACGGACGAGACGGGAGCGGGCGUGCCGCGCGACGUGACGGAGGCCACCAACACCGCCGUGGGUGACCACAUGAACCUCACCGUAUACUUCUAACUGUGAACUGGGGCUGUCCAAUGUUGGUGCAAAUUUUUGCCCCUCCUCAUCAGCAAUUUGUACAGCAUCGAAUUAGUUCCCAUUAUUUCCACUAGAGGCGCUUUUUCGAUGCCAUGCAAAUGGAAUAAAAACUUCUUCGAUUUCGAGUUGUGACUUGUGACAAAAUAUACUAU